AUGAAAAAUCAAACGACAAUUAUCAAGGAUAAAAUUUUUAAAGAAAAUAAAUUAUUAAUAUCUACAACAAUAAUGCCAAGUGAAACUACAGAAAAUGAGAAUAAUCACGAGGAUUAUUUAAUUAAAAAUGUGGCGGAAAGAAUGAGAAAAAUGGAAGAGUUUAAGGAAGAAAAUAAAGAAGAUAAUGAAGGAAAUAAAUCAAAUGAAAAUGAGGAAGAAGAACAAAAAAUAAUACUUAAAAGGCUUUAUAGUAGAUAUGGACACAGAAGAGCUAAGUAA